AAACAGGUAGCCGACUAGUCGGUUAGCUCAACAUUAGACCCAUCACUAGUAAACACAAACACAAACAAAUAUAACCUCAAUUUUGAUAGUUGUAAAAGGGCAUGACAAAUUUUCUUGUUGGUAAAUAUGAUUAUAAUAUUUAGGUUCUAAACACUCAGAGGAAACAUCACAAUCUUGAAGACAACACAAGACCAGUAAGACAUCGCUUUAAUUUGAGGAAUAGUAUACCGAUUACUCAAACAUUAAGUGCCUUUGAAAGGAAGACAAAUACUAAUAUAACGAAACUUAAAGAAUUUACUGCACUAUUUAAUUUUUGUGUCAUGGCCUUACCAUCAACUAGUGGAACUGUGUCUUCUGCAUUAACAUUUAAUAUUUUAGCGUGUUGUAACUUGUCCAUGGCUAGAACAGCUGUAAUGGGACUUCCUCAUUAUGAAGUUGAAACUCCUGUUUUUAUGCCAGUUGGAACUCAGGGUACUUUGAAAGGACUUUUACCUGAACAGCUGAAAGCACUAGAUUGUCAGAUCAUCUUGGGAAACACUUACCAUUUGGGUACUCGUCCUGGUCCAGAACUGAUCAAGAAAGCUGGAGGACUUCACAAGUUCAUGGGUUGGGACCGAGCUUUGCUCACCGACUCCGGAGGGUUCCAGAUGGUUUCGCUCUUGACACUUGCUGAAAUCACAGAAGAAGGUGUUAAAUUCAAGUCUCCUUUUGACAAAGAUGGAGAAACACUAAUGCUAAGCCCGGAGCAUUCAAUUAAAAUACAGAAUGCAAUCGGUGCAGACAUCAUAAUGCAGCUAGAUGAUGUAAUCAAAACUACAUCAACAGGACCUAGAGUAGAGGAGGCUACUUACAGAACAACAAGGUGGCUAGACAGAUGUUUGGCAGCCCACGAGAAUCCAGAAUCACAGAACAUUUUCCCGAUCGUGCAGGGAGUGUUGGAUAAACAACUGCGGGUUGAGAGCGCAAAACAACAGAUGCAACGGAAUGUCAGAGGUUUUGCCAUUGGUGGGUUAAGUGGAGGAGAGGCUAAGGAUGACUUCUGGCGCAUGGUCCACCUGUCCACUACCCAGUUGCCACGUGACAAGCCACGCUACGUCAUGGGUGUGGGAUUUGCAGUGGACUUGGUGGUGUGUGUAGCACUGGGAGCAGACAUGUUCGACUGUGUCUUCCCUACGAGAACCGCUAGGUUCGGUUGUGCACUAGUGGACAAUGGGCAGAUCAACCUGAAAAACAAGAAGUAUGAACAGGACUACCAACCGUUGGCAGAAAAUUGUGAUUGUAGUACAUGUCGCCACUACACCAGAGCGUACCUGCACAGUAUUGCCACUCAGUAUCCUGUUUCCUGUCACCUGCUGACGGUUCACAACAUAGCUUAUCAGAUGAGGUUGAUGAGAGGAAUGAGGGAAAGUAUCAAGGCUGGAAAAUUUCCCGAGUUCGUACAGGACUUCAUGGACAAAAUGUACAGUGAUGGGCAAUACCCCAAGUGGGUGAUAGAUGCUCUCUCAGCAGUCAACAUACACCUGCAGACCAGGCCGCAGGAGCAUACAGAGACAUCCAAUAAAAAACCAUGUACUGAAAUAUCUGUAAGCUGAAUUAGUAAACUAUACAUUCAUAAACAAAAUUGUUUGUAUCUUUACUGAACCAAAAAUCUUCAAUUUGAAAACAAUAUAUUGAGAAUAUUUGUUACUUUCUUUUAAUAGAUAUGGAUUUUUUAUCUUG